AUGGCCUCCCUCCAAGACCUCGCGAACCCGCCCACCGACGCCGAAACCCUCGAACUCUUCACGCCCAGCACAGAAGCCAUUGCCGAGAUAGAACGAAGCAUAUUCGAGCAUCCCCUCACAAAGUCGUUAUUGGCGGACCCCAAAUACAUUGCUUCGCGGCCGCAUCUCAAGAUACCGGAGGGACUGAGGGCACAGAACCUGACAGGAGGCACACUCCUCGGGCCAGACAAAAUCGCCGUUCCCCCGAUUCAAUUCAGCACAGCCGACGGCUCUGAAUUCGUAUCUUUGCAAUACCUGGGUGAAGCGCUGUGCGGCCACCCCGGUAUCGUCCACGGCGGUCUGCUAGCCACACUCCUCGACGAAGGACUAGCACGAUGCUGCUUCCCCGCGCUGCCGAACAAAGUGGGUGUGACGGCGAGUUUGAAGAUCGAUUACAAGGCACCGUGUAUGGCGGGGCAGAUUGUUGUGUUAAGGGCGGAGACGACAAAGGUUGAGGGCAGGAAGGCGUGGGUCAAGGGACGGUUGAUGACGCUGGGGAGUGGGGAGAAGGAGGGUGUUGUGUUGACGGAGGCGGAGGCGCUGUUUAUUGAGCCGAGGCAGGCGGCGCAGAUGAAGAGGGUUGUUAAUUAG